GCCUCGUCCAUACUGACGCACUCAAUUCUUCUUUUCCCAGAUCAAUGAAUUUAACUUGUGGUUCAACGGAGUCUUCGGCGAACAGAAGUCUCUUCCCACGCCGGAGGAUGUUAAGGAGAUUAUUAAGUUUCCUAUACCUCGCCUGAAGAGUGACCUUACCAAACUGUUUUACCCAGAUCUAGAGGACUAUAAUUGCGUGCCGGAGUUAAAAUGGCCAUACCGCUACGGCGUCACGGCAAAAGACUUCAUCUACAACGAGGAAAGCGAAGAGCUCGAAGUACACUGGCCUCGGUUGAAAAAGCCGGUACUGCUAGAACAGUCUAUUGAGAUAUGGUACCGCAGACCGAAUUUCCUGGCAAGGUUUAGUAAUGACCAAUAUAAGUAAUGCUUUAAGCGGCUCACAGGAGCGAUGGCGAAGGAACUAUUCCCAGACUUUGGUCUAUUCGCUAACAUGUGCCGUAGGCAUGGGCCCAUCGUGAAAAACUUGCUGAUUCACGUUCUUUUCUGGUUUAAUACAGAGUUCAAAAUGCCCAAAACCCACAACAAUGAAUUGCAGAGUUCUCUCUCUGACGGAGUACUAUUCCCAAUGCUGACGCGUCCACGGACACCCGAGACUAUUACUCCAUCCUCGCGCCCUGGACUUGAGGACUCGAUUGAGGAGAUCGCUUCGCAGCUAAUACAGCCUUAUACUCGCAACGAGCAGGAGUGGCUAAGAAAGGCAUGCCUAUCGAGAGAUAAUUAUAGCCGCGUGCUCACCAAGUUGCCUGACGAGAAUUCCCAGUUAGAGAUUGCAGGUGAGAUCGUAACAUCUACCGAAUGCGCGCAUAUUAUCCUCUUUUCAAUGGGGACUUGGCGUUCUGACUCAGAAUAUUAUUUAAAAUCCCAAAUUUGGGUGACGUUGGACAGAUACUUCCCGUCGUUGCAUAGGUUUGGAUCUACCUAACACUUUAUUAAUGAUCCGCGGAAUGCCAUGACCAUGGACAAAUCGUUGCAUACCCUUUUUAGCAAGUUUGCAAUU